UGAGGCUAUAAUAAUUAAAAUUUCACAAAACGAAAGAGAAAAAAUUAUUGCUAAUACGCCAUCAGCUUACGCUUAUCUCAUCGAGAAAUCUUUGUCUUAUGAACCGAAUCAACGUCCAACGCUAGAUCAAAUUUUAAUAAAACUUGAGAAUUUAUCAGAAGAAACUACUAUUGAAUUUAUAACGAAUAAAAAUGUCAAGAGCAAUAAACAAAUUGUGCAAUCAGUGCUAAAUAAUGAAGAUUCAUUGGAAUUCUUUAAUCGUGAUGAAGAAUCCAGUGACAAUAUUUGUGAGUCACAAAUAUUUCUUGAUAAUAAAAUUGAAUCUAACAACGACGCAAAUUCAAAAAAUGAUAUCACUCGUGAUUCUGCACUAGAUGAAAUUUCAAAAAAUUUGAAUGUUGAAUUUAUUACUACACAGUCAAUAUCAAAUUAUUCAGAACGAUCGAAUUCCUUUAAUAAUACAAUUGAAAUUAUAAACGUGAAUAAUGAAG